UCAAGAAAAUGACUUUUUCAACACCGAGACCUUCAGGAUUGUCCUGGGUCUUUAUGUUGAUGAAUUUGAGCUGGCCAAUCCCCUUGGUACUUCGAGAAAAAAACACAAAAUGUUCGCUCUCUAUUGGGUUCUAGCCAACCUUCCCUCAAAAGAUCGUUCAUUACUUCAGUCAAUUCAGCUAGGAAUUUUAUGCAGAGCUACUGCAGUAAAACAACAUGGUUAUGCAGACAUCUUGCGCCCACUUGUUCAGGACCUUGAAACUCUUGAAAAGCAUGGUGGAUACAUUGAACAGUUAGGAGACUGUGUGAAAGGAAGUGUGCUUUUUGUGUCAUCUGAUAAUCUAGGUGCUCAUUCUUUUGCAGGACUAACUGAGAGUUUCACUGUUGAGCACCCAUGUCGGUUCUGCUUGGCAAAGAAGAGUGAAAUCCAGGAGAAGGAAGUCCGGUCGGGAGCAUUUGAACUGAGAACCAAGCAGGAGCAUGACAGAAAGAACAAGAAUGGAGACAACAACCGUACUCAGAGUUAUAGUUUGUGACAACGACAUCAGAAAAAUUGUACUUCCUAUGAAACCACAGACCGUUGACUCACUGUUGGAACAACUUGAAGAAAAGCUGGGACUUCAGUACAAGUUCGCACUUCAGUUUGAGGAUCCAGACUUCAACAAUUCCCUCGUGAAUCUUACCGACAUUACUGACUUGCCAGAUAAGCCCACACUGAAGAUUGUCUCCCUUGUGACGACACCAACCCCUAGCACAGCUGACACUGAAGUCCUGUCUGUGGCUUCUGAUCCUCCACUUCAUUGUCUACGUACUGCAUGGCCAGAAACUUUCGAGAUCCCUACUUUUCCUGUUGACGUUGAAUACAGAUUACGUCAGGGAAAUCUACUGUACAUGCGAGAUCAAACAUAUCUACAAUUGUCAGGAGAGCUUAAGCAUGAGAUUCUCGAAAAACUCUCGGAGACAAUAUACGGUUACAAAGCUUACCCAGAUAAGGAAGAUUUCGAGGCUGUUGCUACUGCUUUGAUACAAAAACAUCCCUGUCUUACCCAGCCUGGCUCAUCCAAGGGGUGGAAUGGGUGGUAUGAUAGCCUUAGAUGGAAAAUGGGUAAUUACCGCUCAAAACUGCGUCGAGCUGGAUGUUUGGAGGUAUCCAUAAAUGGUGGGAAAAGAAGAGGACUGCAGCCUCAGAAAAACAUCAAAAGACCUAAGAGGUUUGAAAUCAAUUUUCUACCGAAUUUCCCUGAUGGUGAAGAUGAAGCCAGCAUGGAGUCCAAAAGAAAAGAGAUGGUGGAAGACAUGAAGAAACGUCGUCUUAAUGCCGCACUGAUAUCCCGGAACAUGAAUUCAACAUUUGCCCUGCGUAGGAAGGAAUUGGUAGAGAAGGAGCCUGCUGUGAAGAUUACAGUUGAAAGGUGGCCAGCCCUCUUCACACAGAGUCAGAUCCUUGCAGAGUUUAGUCGUAUAUCUGGCAAAAACCUGCAAACUGAAUUCUUUCAAGAACUGGACAGAUUCACUCAACGUUUCAUCAAUAUCUUCAAGGCUAAAGGUGGAGAAAUCGGCUCCAAACUUAAUAAGAUUCUUCAGCAGAUUCAAAAUGACAAAUCCAACAUCAACGCGGAACGAACAGCCGUUCUUCAUGGCCUACCGCUCCUUCUCGGAGAGGACCCCACCGAUUUUUACAAGACAUGUUUUGACUGUGAUGAUGACAAAGAAGAUUUGUCCAACAUUGAAAUCGGUAUUCUGACAGUGAUUACCGAGGACUCUGCAACCGCUGCCGUACCCUACUCCCUGCAUCUUGAUGCCACAACAACGCAAUCGUUUUGGAAGGUACUGUGGUUGUGGAUGAUAUUGAAAAUCUUCCACAAGCAAUGUGUUUGCUCUUUGGACUAAUUUAUGCUCUAAACUUAGAGUAUCCUGCAGCACUGAAGAGCACAUUCGACUUCAUACAGAGAGUUAUUUUGUCCCUUGGCCACAAGUCACUCAAACCUAAAAUCCAAUCACUGAAAAAUCGCCUGAUGCAGUAAUAGAUCAUAGUCCUGUUGCUUUGAGUGAAUAGAGCAGUCUGUUCGAGCAAAUUGUUCAGUACUGUUUUACAGAUACUUCAGUUUUUUCCAAUUGUUGAAAAUGAAAGAAGAAAAAAAAUCCAUAUUUAAAGGAACACCUUUUUUUCAUAUUAAACUAUGUUAUUCCCUUAACUAAGACGAGUUGAAACAUACCUCUCUCGUCUCAGUGCUAUCAAAGUGUCGCCAUGCACCAUGUGAUUGAGUGCACACACUGAGACGAGAGGUAUGUUUCAACUCGUCUUAGUUAAGGGAAUAAUAUAGUUUAAUUUGAAAAAAAGUGUUCCUUUAACAGGAUGUUUUGAAUUUCAAGUUUACUUGUUUGGUUUUAGAAUAGAGUUUUAUUGGAAGAGAAUUUUAAAGAGAACUGGAAAGACAUUCUGUAACAAACUCAGUGACUUCGACCACUUUGUAAAGCUGUUAAAACAAAGAAACAUUGUUUUUUCUUGAGUGCAUUGUUUGCAUUAUUUCUAAAAUGUUGCUGGCGAGCCAUGUUUACGGGCAUGCCUUAAGGAAUGUUUUAAAAUGUUGAACCAAUAAACAUUCUAGUGUUU